AUGAAAGAGCUCUUAUUGGGAAAACGUAAGUUGAAAGAUUAUGAAAACAUCUCUUUAGAGAAAGAGUGCAGUGCCAUCAUCCAAAGGAAUCUUCCACCCAAACUCACUGAUCCAGGUAGAUUCAUUAUUCCUUGUUCUAUUGGUUCACUAACUAUUAGCAGUGCUCUAUGUGAUUUAGAAGCUAACAUCAAUCUGAUGUUGUUGUCCAUGAUGAGGAAGUUAAAAUAUGGUGAGCCGAAACCAACUCAUAUGAUGCUAACAUUAGCGGAUAGAUCAAUCGCAUACCCUUAUGGGAUUCUUGAAGAUGUUAUGGUGAAAGUCGAUGACUUAGUAUUUCCAAUAUAUUUUAUGAUUCUAUACAUGCCGGAGGAUUCUGAGAUACCAUUACUCCUUGGAAGGCCAUUUCUGGGAACAUGUAAAGCUAUUAUUGAUGUAGAAAUGUGGGAGUUAGUAUUGAAUUUCAACAAUGAAAAAUUUGUCUUUAACAUGUUUGAAGCACUGAAAGCUCCUAAUGUUACCAGAUAG